AUGGCUCAGCAGGGAGUUCUGCUGGACCAGGACCAGUUCUGUUGUUCUGUCUGUCUGGAUCUACUGAAGGAGCCGGUCACCAUCCCCUGUGGACACAGUUACUGUAGGAGCUGUGUUGAGGGCUGCUGGGAUCAGGAUGUUCUUAAAGGGGUCUAUAGCUGUCCUCAGUGCAGAGAGACCUUCACUCCAAGGCCUAAUCUGAGGAAAAAUAACAUGUUGGCUGAGAUGGUGGAGAAACUGAAGAAGACAGGACUCCAGGCUGCUCCACCUCCUGCUCUGUGCUAUGCUGGACCUGGAGAUGUGGCGUGUGAUUUCUGCACUGGGACCAGAAAGCAGAAAGCCCUCAUGUCCUGUCUGGUGUGUCUGGCCUCUUACUGUGAGACUCACCUCCAACCUCACUAUGAAUUUCCUGCUUUCAAGAAGCACAAGCUGGUCAAAGCCACCGCACAACUACAGGAGAAGAUCUGCUCUCAUCAUGACAAACUGCUGGAGGUUUACUGUCGUACCGAUCAACAGUGUAUCUGUAUGCUGUGUACAAUGGAUGAACAUAAAGGCCAUGAUACAGUGUCAGCUGCAGCAGAGAGGACUGAGAAACAGAGGCAGCUGGGGAUGAGUCAGCAGAAGGUCCAGCAGAGAUUCCAGGAGAGAGAGAAGGAGCUGAAGGAGCUCCAACAGGCUGUGGAGUCUCUCAAGCGCUCUGCACAGGCAGCAGUGGAGGACAGUGAUAAGAUCUUUACCGAGCUGAUCCGCUCCAUUGAGAGAAGGCGCUCUGAGGUGAAGGAGCUGAUCAGAGUCCAAGAGAAGGCUCAAGUGAGUCAAGCUGAAGGACUCCUGGAGCAACUGGAGCAGGAGAUAGCUGAGCUGAGGAAGAGAAGCACUGAGCUGGAGCAGCUCUCACACACAGAGGAUCACAUCCAUUUCCUCCAGAGUUAUCAGUCUCUCUCCAGUACCAGUGUAUCUUCAGACUUACCCAGCAUCGUUGUCCGUCCUCUUCAGUACUUUGGAGAUGUGAGUAAGACUGUGUCUGAACUGAAAGAGACACUAGAAGACAAUAAACAAGUCGCACUUGCAGGACCAGACGAGGACUGGACUGCUACCUACAAGACUAAUGGAACUGAUAUUGGGUUCAAACUUGACACUGGAGCACAGGUCAACAUCAUUCCAGAGACUGAAUUGUUACGGUUACAGGUAAAACCAGUGGUCUUCAGGGACAUGCAGGUUGGUGCUGGAGCCGUCCAAAUGGCUCAUCAGGGUGUUCUGCUGGACCAGGACCAGUUCUGUUGUUCUGUCUGUCUGGAUCUACUGAAGGAGCCGGUCACUACUGCCUGUGGACACAGUUACUGUAGGCGCUGUAUUGAGGGCUGCUGGGAUCAGGAUGUUCUGAAAGGGGUCUAUAGCUGUCCUCAGUGCAGACAGACCUUCACUCCAAGGCCUACUCUGAGGAAAAAUAACAUGUUGGCUGAAGUGGUGGAGAAACUGAAGAAGACAGGACUCCAGGCUGCUCCCCCUCCUGCUCUGUGCUAUGCUGGACCUGGAGAUGUGGCAUGUGAUUUCUGCACUGGGACCAGAAAGCAGAAAGCCCUCAUGUCUUGUCUGGCAUGUCUGGCCUCUUACUGUGAGACUCACCUCCAACCUCACUAUGAAUUUCCUGCUUUCAAGAAGCACAAGCUGGUCAGAGCAACCACACAACUACAGGAGAAGAUCUGCUCUGAUCAUGACAAACUGCUGGAGGUUUUCUGUCGUACCGAUCAACAGUGUAUCUGUAUGCUGUGUACAAUGGAUGAACAUAAAGGCCAUGAAACAGUGUCAGCUGCAGCAGAGAGGACUGAGAAACAGAGGCAGCUGGGGAUGAGUCAGCAGAAGGUCCAGCAGAGAUUCCAGGAGAGAGAGAAGGAGCUGAAGGAGCUCCAACAGGCUGUGGAGUCUCUCAAGCGCUCUGCACAGGCAGCAGUGGAGGACAGUGAUAAGAUCUUUACUGAGCUGAUCCGCUCCAUUGAGAGAAGGCGCUCUGAGGUGAAGCAGCUGAUCAGAGCCCAAGAGAAGGCUCAAGUGAGUCAAGCUGAAGGACUCCUGGAGCAACUGGAGCAGGAGAUAGCUGAGCUGAGGAAGAGAAGCACUGAGCUGGAGCAGCUCUCAAACACAGAGGAUCACAUCAAUUUCCUCCAGAGUUAUCAGUCUCUCUCCAGUAUCAGUGUUACUUCAGACUUACCCAGCAUCGUUGUCCGUCCUCUUCAGUACUUUGGAGAUGUGAGUAAGACUGUGUCUGAACUGAGAGAGAAACUAGAAGACGUCCUUAAAGGAGAAUGGACCAAGAUCUCCACUACAGUGAAUAUAGUGGAUGUUGUACUGCCUCCAGAGCCCAAGACCAGAGAACAGUUCUUACAAUAUUCCUGUCAGCUCACACUGGACCCAAACACAGCACACAAACGCCUCUCUCUGUCUAAAGGGAACAGAAAGGUGACCUAUACAGAACAAGUCCAACCAUAUCCUGAUCAUCCAGACAGAUUCACAAACUACAUGAUGGUUCUGUGUAAAGAGGGUCUGUCUGGACGCUGUUACUGGGAGGUGGAGUGGAGUGGGGAGAAUGUUUAUACAGCAGUCUCAUAUAAAGACAUCAGCAGAACAGAGACAUAUGGUGCAUUUGGAUACAAUGACAAAUCCUGGUGUUUAGUGUGCUCUAGUGGUGGUUAUUGGUUCAGACACAAUAAUGUUGACACUAAAGUAUCAGGCCCUCAGUCCUCCAGAGUAGGAGUGUACCUGGAUCACAAGGCAGGUACUCUGUCCUUCUACAGUGUCUCUGACACAAUGACCCUCCUCCACAGAGUCCAGACCACAUUCACUCAGCCCCUCUAUCCUGGGUUUUGUCUCUCUGGGACUGCUGAGCUGGUUAAACUGUAG